AGUGCGUAUGUAUGUACAUCUAACUAGACUUUUAAAGUACACGUUUUCAUACCUCUUAUUCAUACCUCUUAUUCAUAUGUACAUCUUUUUCAUACGCCCUUCGUACACCUUAACAUUAACGCGAGUAAUCUUGCAGACGAAUCGGGAAUAAAUCGAUACACGUAAUGAUAUGAAAAUGAAUGGGUUUAGGUAUGCAUUGAUAUGCACAAAAUGGAGCACAAGCCAAAAUGAAAUGUCUUAAAAAGCAGUAUGUAUGUACAUAAAUGGCAUGAUUUGUGAACAUUUUAACCACGCGUCAGAUAUACAAUCCAUAACAUGUACGAGAUACCUGCAGUUUAUGAGUCAUGACAACCACGAUUUCCUGCUUAUUGCGUUAACUCGGGUAAAGUCGAGUGCUUCGUUGUGAGCAGAGCAUUGGUUGUGAGAUGAUCUCAUUGAUUUCCAGGCCUUACAUACAUAUGUGCAGUUGCCCAUAGCAAGUGUUCCCAUAACAUAAACAUAAAGUUUAAACUGUAAAAAAUAUAGUUCAAUAGGGCAGAAAUGAAAAUUAAGGAUUUGAAGUUAGUAAAUUUUUCCAAUUCAUGAAUUUCUUUGUAAACAUAUUAAAGUUUCUAAAUUUUAUAAAUGUUAAACUGAGAAACUUGUGUGAAGUUGUGAAUUUAAGUGUUUAAAUCGCGUAUUUAUUUGAAAAUAUUUGUAAAGGUUGAAAUGAACGUUGAAAAAGGUUACUAAUUUUUUCAUAAACUGAGUAUGUAAAUUAUGUCAUUUUGCACCAGUUUUUGAUAGAAAACACAAUAUUUUAGAAAUUUAAUGUACACAAAGUGAAUCCAAUAACACUGUCAAAAUGAAGAAAAUGUUCACUUCGAAAAAGUCUCCAGCAACGCCAUCGGCUUCCGAAGGGAUCCAAAAACUUCGCGAUAUUGAAGAAAUGUUGCGAAAAAAGCAAGAAUAUUUGGAACAAAGGGUGGAAAAAGAGUUAGAAGUCGUGGUUAAAAAUGUGAAAAAGAAUAAGCCAGCUGCACUUCAAGCCUUGAAAAGGAAGAAACGCUAUGAAAAACAGCUCCAACAAAUUGACGGCACCCUGUCCACCAUCGAAAUGCAGCGGGACGCGUUGGAAAGCGCGAACACGAACACGGCAGUAUUAAAGGCGAUGAGCGAAGCGGCUAAAGCGAUGAAAGGCGCGAACCAGAAUAUGGACGCUGACAAGGUGCACGAUAUGCUGGACGAUGUCGCGGAACAGGGCGAAGUCGCGGCCGAGAUCGCGAACGCUAUUUCGAACCCGACAUCAUUUUCGCAGGAUGUCGAUGAAGCCGAGUUAGAACGGGAAUUAGAAGAAUUAGAGAUGGAGGAACUUUUAGCGCAAGAAUUGCAGGAAAAUGCGAAAAUAAAGUCCAACAAAGUCCUGCCAGACCCCGAAUUAAAGCUGCCAGAUGUUCCGUCCAGUUCGAAAAUGACCCGAGAGGCGUCAGCUCGGCGAGCCGAGGAAGAAGCAGACGUGAAAAAAUUGAAAGAGUGGGCCUCAUAAUUUUAAAUAAGUCAUGACAUCAUCACACCUCGAAUUCGGCCUAAUUCUUGCCCUGAAAAUAUGAUACGAAUGACAUCGCAUUUAGUUAAAAAGUGAGGAAAAUUAUGCAACAUUCCGAGGCUGCAUUACCAAAGUUAUGAUAACUCAAUCUAGUCCACGCAAUGUAUUUCGAAGAGGGAUAAAGUUUAUUUAUGUAUGUAUGCAUAUAUUUAAAGGGAAAUUGUAAAUAAAUCUAUUUGUAAUGUUGCAAAACCCUGCAGAACAUUUAAA